UUGGUGUGUGUCCACAUUUCAUUUUCUACUCCAACAAAGCCGUCUGCUUUUUACGGCAUUAAUUAUUUCUCUUUUCAGAGUGACAAGUCCGCUGCCAGUAGAGUUGUCAUGAAUGCACAUGUACCUGUACCAGUAUAAGCAGUCCCUAGCUGCAAUCCCACAAUGCAACUUUCCCUUCCAGAGUUACUGUCUAAUAGCACUCUUGAGGUCCACUGUCCAGGAUGCAACGACCUGGAAGUUGUCCUUACCUCACUUUUAUAUGCCAGCGUGCUUCUUCACAGCGACAUCUGUUCCUGUUCCCUGCUACGUUUUCACUGAAUGUAGGUUCCUAGCACUGUCUCAUGCUGCUGUCUAUUCCACGAGAGGGGUGCUCAGUUUCCUUGCACUGUGGGGGAAAGAGCAUGUGCAGGCACAGCCACAGCACUCCUGAUGGAACAAGAAUAUUUACAGCAAUUUGCUGAAGGCUGUGGCAAACUCAGCCUUUUCAGAGAAAGGAAAGGAAAAGGAGCUGAGGCAGUGGUACCAGAAGGUGAAGAAAAGAGAAAUUUUGGAGCCACCUGCAUGACCUCUCUCAUAGAGAGCUGGGUGCUAUAUUCUGGAAGGACCUUACCUCCUCCCUUUAACUCUGUAGAUACUCUGUGUGUUCUGGUGAGGAGAAAGAAAUCCCUCCCUGGAGCAAUGGAUGAACAAGAGGUAUCUGGCCCUGACCAGGAGGGGGACAACAAGGAGGGAUACAGCAAGGCGGGUGACAGCCAGGGGCUAUUUCAUACCUAGCCAUGACAUGCACCAAUAUGUUUCCUCCUUGGGUGAAGGGAAAUUAUGGUAGGUGAAAGUGAUUAUCGCAUUAAAUAAACUUUUGUCUGCUGAUACGCCCUAACUUUUGGCAAAUGCAAACUUGUGUUUUUACAUUGUCAGUUCUUGCCAUACAGUGAGAUGGUGUUUCCCAUAUAUACUCCACAUAACCUCCCACUAUGGCUGCAAACAGUCAGCCAUUACUCCACCUUCCCCACUUUGUCAGUCACCUGUAACAGACACUCUGGUUCGGGUUUUUACAUUCUCAGCCCUCCCAAAUUGAUCUGCCCCUCACCUAGUUUCUAUCAGGAGCUGUACCCAAGUCCAGAUCUAGUGUCCACAUUAUAAUCAUAUCUUCCUCUCAAAAAGACAGACCAGCGUUCUGAAAACGAUUUUUACUGGGAAGGUUCUAACUGCAUCAAUAGCAGAGGCCGAGAACGGAAGCAAGUAAACACACAUGAGUUGGCACUCCAUCAGUUGGUGUCUUGCGGUACUUUGAGGUACAGACAGAGCAGCCUGUUAAUUUUUACACACAAAGCUUUCUGGUUUGUGGGCACAAUUUCACAGAACUUUUUUUCAGUGAGUAGUAUGUAAGGCCUGGUCUACACUACGACUUUAAUUCGGAUUUAUCAGCUUUAAUCCGAAUUAACCCUGCAACCGUCCACACAACGACGCUAUUUAUUUCGAUGUAAAGGGCCCUUUAAAUCGAUUUCUGUACUCCACCCCGACGAGCGGAGUAGUGCCAAAAUCGAUUUUAGCAAUUCGAAUUAGGGUUAGUGUGGCCGCAAUUCGAUGGUAUUGGCCUCCGAGAGCUAUCCCACAGUGCAGUGCAUCAUUGUGACCGCUCUGGACAGCAAUCUAAACUCGGAUGCACUGGCCAGGUAGACAGGAAAAGCCCCGCGAACAUUUGAAUUCCAUUUCCUGUUUGCCCAGCGUGGAGAGCACAGGUGACCACAGAUAGCUCAUCAGCACAGGUAACCAUGCAGGCUGAUAAUCGAAAAAGAGCACCAGCAUGGACCGUGAGGGAGAUACUGGAUCUGAUCGCUGUAUGGGGAGAGGAUUCAGUGCUUGCAGAACUUCGUUCUAAAAGACGAAAUGCAAAAACUUUUGAAAAAAUCUCCAAGGGCAUGAUGGAGAGAGGCCACAAUAGGGACUCAGAUCAGUGCCGCGUGAAAGUCAAGGAGCUCAGACAAGCCUAUCAAAAAACAAAGGAGGCAAACGGUCGCUCCGGGUCAGAGCCGCGGACAUGCUGCUUCUACGCCGAGCUGCAUGCAAUUCUAGGGGGGGCUGCCACCACUACCCCACCUGUGUUCGUGGAUUCUGGGUCGGGGAUAGUCUCAUCAGCGACGCCUGAGGAUUCUGCCGAUGGGGUAGAGGAGGAGGAGGAGGAGGAGGAGCUUGCAGAGAGCACACAGCACUCCAUUCUCCCCAACAGCCAGGAUCUUUUUAUCACCCUGACUGAAGUACCCUCCCAAGCCUCCCAAGCCAGUACCCAAGACUCUGACCCCAUGGAAGGGACCUCAGCAGCUGCAAAUUCCUCAAGCCUCCCCCCUCCAUCCUGAAGGUUAUCACAGAUAAGGCGUCGUAAGAAGAAAACGCGAGACGAGAUGUUUUCUGAAAUUAUGGAAUCCAGCCGCAGUGACAGAGCUCAUGUGAAUGAGUGGAAGGAAACAGUUUCAAAGUAUAGGAAAGAAGUCAGUGAACGUGAGGAGAGGAGGGACCAACGUGAGGAGAGGAGGGACCAACGUGAGGAGAGGAGAGACGCUCGAGAUGAGAGGUGGCGGCAGGAAGACCAGAGGAUGAAGGAUGCAACGCUGGGGCUGCUCCGGUGUCUGGUGGAGGUUCAGGAACGGCUGCUGGAAAACAGACUGCCGCUUCAGCCCCUGUUCCACCCUCCCCUCUCCCCAUGUUCCGUAUCCUCCUCACCCAGACGUGUAAGAACGCGGGGGGGGAGGCUCCGUACACCUUCCCAUUCCACCCCAGUAGACAGCCCAAGCAAAAGGCUGUCAUUUUUUUAAGCUUUUCUUUGUGGCUUUUUCCUUCCCAGCAAUCCUCCUCCCAAAUACCACCCGGG